AUGGCCUAUCAUUUGAGUUCACAUAUUCGAAUUUUCGUACGUUGCAACGAAAAAACCCAGAGUGAUUAUGUUGAACUUUCAAACUUCAACGUUCAACUGAUGGAUAGGAAGAUGAGUAGAUUGUGCCACAAAUUGCCAGAGAAUCGGCGCGUGAUCAUCUCUGACAACAACUUCUUCCGUGUGACAUUCAAAUCAAACGAUAGAUUCGACUCAACAGGUUUCCUCGCCACGUACGAGUUCAAAAAAAUUGAAGGUGGCGUUGUGCUCCGCCGACUCCUGACAUAUUCAAUUACAACUUCAUUUCCAGCUGGUGGUGGAGGUGGAGAUGAAAGAGAUGACGACCGCGAUGAUGAUGGCGUUGACGGAAAGUCAGCUAAGAAGCACGCGAACCUGGCGUUUGGCGGGAAACAAACUGGCAGUUUACUCUUGUUCUACGCCAUCUCUAGCAGUUUUUUCAUCCACUAUUUUUGA